AUGAUAGUUGGCCAAUUAACAAGUAUUAAAAACCGUGUUCCUGAAGGUAUCUGUCGAAAACGUACAAAAUCUGGUGAUCAAAUUUCAGUUCACUAUACAGGAACUUUAUUCUCCGAUGGCACUGAAUUUGAUUCAAGUAUUCCACGUGGCGAUGCAUUUACAUUUACAUUAGGUGUAGGACAAGUUAUUAAAGGUUGGGAUGAUGGUUUGAAAGGUAUGUGUAUUGGUGAAAAACGUAAAUUAGUUAUUCCACCUGAUCUUGCUUAUGGUAAAAGAGGAAGUCCACCAGUCAUUCCAGGUGAUGCCACUCUUGUGUUCGAUGUGGAAUUAAUAGGAAUUGGUAAAAAUAGAGUUGAACUUUAA